AUGCUGAACAACAGCUUUUUAAACAGCCAUGGAAACAAAGAGGUGUUCUCAUGCCUGGGCAUUCAACUGGCUGUUGAUUGGUUCCUGGAGAAGGGCCACAAAGAUAUCACAGUUUUUGUCCCAGCAUGGAGGAAAGAACAGUCGAGACCUGAUGCACCAAUCAAAGAUCAGGAGAUCCUACGGAAAUUAGAGAAGGAAAAGAUCCUUGUCUUCACACCGUCUCGCAGAGUCCAAGGCCGGCGAGUGGUUUGCUACGAUGACCGUUUUAUCGUCAAGCUGGCCUGCGACUCAGACGGGAUCAUUGUGUCCAACGAUAACUACCGAGACUUGCAGAAUGAGAAACCGGAGUGGAAGAAAUUUAUUGAGGAACGACUCCUCAUGUACAGCUUCGUCAAUGACAAGUUCAUGCCUCCUGAUGAUCCUUUAGGGAGACACGGACCCAGUCUGGAAAAUUUUCUCCGUAAACGACCAGUGGUUCCAGAGCACAAGAAGCAGCCGUGUCCUUAUGGUAAGAAGUGCACGUACGGCCAUAAGUGCAAGUACUACCACCCAGAAAGAGCCAACCAACCACAACGGGCUGUCGCAGAUGAGCUCAGAGCCUUUGCCAAACUCUCUGCCGUAAAGACAAUGAGCGAGGGGGCACUUGCCAAAUGUGGGACCUCUGGUUCUGCUGCCAAGGGAGACAGUAGCUCAGAGGCAAAGCGAGUGGCACCCAAGCGCCAGUCUGACCCCAGUAUCCGGUCAGUUGCAUGUGAGCAAGAAGAGAGACUCUGUCCAAUGCGGAAGGCUGAGGCCAGUUCUGUACCGUCUUUAGUUUCAGCGCUUAGCGUUCCAACUAUGCCACUGACGAAAAGCCACGCAGCAGGCGCUCUAAACACACGCUCAGCAAGCAGCCCUGUUCCAGGGUCUCUGCACUUUACCCACAGCUCACUUGAACACGCAGGCAGCGUCCAGUAUCCCCCCAUCCUAGUCACCAAUAGCCAGGGCGCAUCUGUGGCUUACGGUGAGCCAUUCCCCAAGUACGACUCUGUGGUAAGCGACCAUGGAUACUAUUCCAUGCUCAGUGACUUCUCCACCAUCAGCCUCCAAGACAGUUUCUGCAGUCUUGAACAGCCAGAGCCUGUAGGGGUGGGUGGAGGAUAUCCUGGCAGAGCCAGCAUGUGCCCAGAACCCGGCCGAAGUCAUUCGUCAGACUCCUUCUCGUCCUACAGUGGAGAGAUGUACCUCAACUCAUUGGAGGGCAGCCUGGACGACAGCAUGAAAGGGCCACCUUCGCAGACCCAGAUGCAACCUUCGGCGCAAACGCGCCUUCAAGCCUUUGCUCACGGUUUCCACCAUGAGGCCUUGACACGUGUGCAGAGCUACGGAACGGAUGAACCCAAACCGGGUCCUCGAAAGCAGUCCUCCGCCCACCUUGCGCCACACACCCAACACCCAGUUGUUGGCGCUCGAUCCAGCUGCCCAGGAGACUACCCUCCUCUCUCCCAGAACAUGUUGCCUUCUGCCAGCCCCUCACAGCACGGUCGAUCCUUAGGCAUGACUCGAAUGGACAGCAUCUCUGACUCACGGCUCUACGAGAGCAACCCGCUGCGCCAAAGGAGACCUCCUCUUUGCCGAGAGCAGCAUGCCAGCUGGGACCCUUUGCCGUGUGGUAAUGAGCCCUACAGUUAUGGAAGCUAUGGAUUAACGGGAGGCCUUAUGCCUUGCUGUGAAAGGGUGAUGGUCCGCAGCAUGCCCGAGAAGAUGGAGCAGAUCUGGAGGUCCCCGUGGGAUAGCGUGCCGCCUCCACCGCCCAGUGCUCGUGGGCCAGCGGAGGAACCCCAAGAGCGGCACCCUAUUCCAGAACACCAGUUUCAAACCUACCGAAACCUCUGUAACAUCUUCCCGGCAUAUGUGGUCCAUUUGGUCAUGGAGGAGAACCCUCACAUGACUGAUCCCCAGCAGCUGGCUGCCGUCAUCGUCACUAAACUGCGCUCUUGCCAUUAAGGCUGCUAACAACAACACCACAAUAUUUAGAUAUCCUAGUGAAUGAGAAAUUGGACGCCUUGAGAAUUUCGUAUUUUGUUUCACUCUGAAGAAACAGCCAGCCCCCAUAUGUAAUUAUGAUUGGAUUGGAUCCAUUAGGAGGUUGGCUAGCAUGAUAGCAUUGAUGCUGCAUUGGUUAUUAUGUAAUCUGUUAAGCCAUAUGGGAGCCUGGAUCUUGUACCUUGAAAAGUUUAGCAUAGAAACGUGAGAUCCCUCAUAAAAAAGGUCCUGCUUUCUCCACCGUUUAGCUCCUGAGAUGGGCCAAAAAGUUCUUAAGGUUGUUCAUAAAGCCGGCUCAAAAGUGUAUCCACAUUGAGAGAGCAACUGCCUGCCAGUUUGAUGGCAGAUCUUGAGAAUGUGUUAUUUCGUUGGUGAUGAUAACAUUUAUCCUUUGAAAAAGAGUUACAUGAGAGAAAUCUCUUUGGUAAAACCGAUCAGAAAUGAUCCUGCACAAUAUGAAUAGUAUUGUGUAUGUAUAUGUGUAUUCACUUGCAUUUGCGUGUAAAUAUGACGUGACACCGUGGUGUGGUUUUUCGGUGUGCGUGAUGACUUGAUGUGUGAUUUUGGAAAGAUUAGGAAUGAACGCUUGCGUACCUCAAAGCAUGACCUUUGAACUUUUAUGGCCUUACAUCGGAGCGACCUCACCACACAUUAAUGUGAAUAGUACUUAAUAGUUGUGGAGGUCGCUGUUUUGCAUUUGUUUUAUAAAAGCGAGCACUGGGACAGAAAGAUUUAGAUUCUGCCGUGCUGCAGUUCAGACUUUUUAAUUGGCUGGGCUGUAACUGCAAACCGGCCCUGCAACAUCUGUUCGCACACAUGCACGGAUACGUAUUUACGAAGCCAUUUUAAAAGAUUGAGCCAAACAGAAAAUCAGUGUACAUUUUCCUGAUCUGAAAGCACUAGGUAUGUCUAGUUGGAGAAGAUAUUAUUCAUAUGUAUUUGCUAAAUGUUGUUGUUGUAUUGUAGAUUUUAAGAGAGAUGUUUGAGUAAGCAUGGGCUUCAGUAAAUCUCUCCCAGACAGCAUGUUAGCACUAUGCUUGACAGAGAGCGCUGCUCACGUUUGGCUCGUUAGUCGAUAACUAUGCUCAAGUAUUCACAAACUGGGGAGGAGAAUGCGUCUCUUCGGCAAAAUGCUCUUGUGCAGCAUCUAUUUCCUGAUUGAUGCCGAGAGACCACCCCAUUUCAUCUGCUCCGCCCUGUAAGUUAACAUAUUUUCAGGAGAGCGUGAAUGUUAUUGGUCCAGAGAUGCUCUGGGUGUUUUAAAAAGAGACUUAAAUUGCUCCUUCAUUUUUUUUCAUGAGCACAGGAGUGGCCCCGUAGGGCCCCGUUACUGCUCAUGGGAAGGUGUGACACACUGCCUACCUGUCUCUUCCUGUGCGACACACACGGAACACCAGGCUGUUGUUGGGUUGUUUCUGACAUUUGGCUGACAGUUCGCUUGCUGCCUCUCUACCGCCCCUGACCCUGCUUCGACUUGGACACAAAACCCAACCUCUCAGCUCUCUAAUACGAAUAUGGACGGUUCUCCUUCCCUUUAGUUUUAUUUUUCAACAAGGUUCUUCCAGA